CAAGCACGGGGCGUGCCCGAUCGGUGUCUAUGUUGGACAAGCCAAACACCCCAGCUGCUGCGGCUGCACCGAUAAAAAAGAAGCGAUCAAUCACCGUUCAGUUCGUGCAAGAGACCCCCGCUGGCUACAUUAGUGUUGUGGAUGUCAAGAACUUCAAGGCGACCACAAACCACCGGAUAGUGAUGUCCAAGGAACAGCUGGCGCAGUAUUCGGAGCUUGCAGGAAAGAAGGUCGAAGUUGGGGACUUGAUGGGGUACGUCAUGAAGUACAUGUUGGACAAGGGGAUCAAGCUGGACAACACCGAGGGAAUGAUCGAGGCCUCCGUGUUUCCUGUAAAUUACUUCACCCUCAAGCAGCUGAGUUACUUCCACGACGACGUGGAAGAGAAGAUCGUGGCGCUGUGCAAAGAGGCUCCCGACUUGUCGGAGUUGUAAACCCUCAUGAGCCGUACCAGAGGAGGCAGCCAUAUCGCGGUCUCGCCGUGGUUGCUCAGGGUUGACUCAGUAGAUAAAAGACGCAAGACCCAAGUUUUGUUGCUCUGCGUCUGGCGUGUUUUUUAUGCGUUGGGAAGAUCUGUGUGGACGAAAACAUGUCGACAUUCCAGAGGCUUCCCAAUUCGCCCAGAGCAGUGAUUCGACCAAAUAUGACCAUGAACUGCACACGGGUCUAAGGUUGUGGAAUCGGGCGAUUGGCAACUGGUAGGUUUUGGUACGCCUGUGUCGAACAUGGGGAGAUUUGAUGAACUUCGUUUGCACCACAGGGAUAUUUGAUGGACUCGGUUAUACCGAACUACCUGCAACCCGAGCUGAUGCUUUCGGGCCAGAUAUGUCGUACCGUACAAGUUUUACAUAUCUCGGGUAGACAGCAAUUCACCAUCCCACCAUUUG